AUCUAAAUCCGCCUCCCUCACCACAACAUCACCCUGUGCGACUUUGCAAUCCUGCCAUGGAAGCACCUCGGUGACGCGACUCGAAAUUGUUGUAAAUCACUUACAAUCCCCGCCUCAAUUGAACACAGGCCCAGUCCAGCUGCCCGCCAUGUUCGAGAACCUCUGCACCCUCCCGCUCACCUCGGAGCUCUUCACCCAGGCGGCGCACCCGACAGAGCCAUUGCUCGCCGUGGGUCUCGCCAGCGGCCAUGUCCAGUGCUUCCGCCUGCCUUCUGCGGGCGACGGCAGCUCCGGCGACGACGCCGAUGCCGAUGGCGACACCAGCGUCCUGUCCGACGGCAGGGGCAUGAUCGACACCGCCUGGCGCACACGGCGGCACAAGGGCAGCUGUCGCAGUGUCGUGUUCAGCAACGACGGAUCAGAACUCUACUCUGCUGGCACCGACUCGCUCCUCAAGCACUUCUCCGCCUCGACCGGCCAGGUGCUCUCCAAGAUCGCCAUCCCCAAGACGAAAUCCGUCGACGACUCGCCGUGCCUCCUCCACGCCCUGUCCCCCCAGACUCUGCUCCUCGCCUGCGACUCGGGCGUGCUGCACCUCCUCGACCUGCGCGACCGCGCGCUGACCUCGUCCAAGCCGGCCCAGACCCACUUCCCCCACGACGACUUCAUCUCGAGCAUCACGCCACUGCCCGUCUCGGCCGAGAGCACGAGCGGCUUCUCGAAACAGUGGAUUUCCACGGGCGGCACGACCCUCGCCGUGACCGACCUGCGCAGGGGCGUCCUCGUCCGCAGCGACGACCAGGAGGACGAGCUGCUCUGCACCACCUUCAUCCCGGGCAUCGGCCCCAAGACGAACCGCGAGAACGGCGUCGUGGCGGUGGGGACGGGCACGGGCGUGCUCACGAUCUGGGACAAGGGCGCGUGGGACGAUCAGGUGGACCGCGUCGUGGUGGACGGCUCGUCGCGCGCGGGCGGCGAGAGCCUCGACUGCAUCGUCAAAGUGCCGGACGAGGUCUAUGGCGCGCGCGGCGGGAAAAAGGUCGUCGUCGGCGCGGGUGACGGCACCUUGCGUGUCGUCGACAUCCACAAGCGCCAGGUCGAGACGGUGCUGCGGCACGACGACAUCGAGGCCGUCCUCGGCGUCGACUUUGACUGCCACGGCCGCCUGAUAAGUGGUGGCGGCCAGACGAUCAAGGUCUGGCAGGAGGCUGGGAUCAGCGCGGGCGCGCUGCGCGGAGGAUCCGACUCGGAUGAUGAUGACGACGAGGACGACAGUGACGAUUCCGAUGACGACGAUGGCGAUGACUCAGAUGCCCCAGCCGCUGCGGUGGCCGUGAAGCAGACAAACGGCAAGCGCGGCAAGGCCAAGGGCUCGGACUCGGACUCCGACGACAACAGCGACAAGGACUCCGACGACAACAGCGACAAGGACUCCGACGACAGUGACGCGCCCAAGCGCGGCAAGAAGAAGCGGAGAAAGGGCGGCGCGGCCAAGGUCGACCUCGGCCCGCACGGGGCGCACGGGAUCCUGAAGUUCAAGGGAAUCUGAGCGCCUUCGUCACGCACUCCUGUGUGUGAGUGGUAACAGGGAAAAGCAGGUGCAGUGCAGGUGCCCGGCUCUCCCGGGGUACUCGAUAAUGUACAUAUGGAAUGAGAUACACAAACAAAAGAAAUAUAAAAAGAUACCCCCCA